UUUUAUCGCAUAUCUUUCUUUUCCCCUACCUUCUUUUUAACUUUUGUCCUACAAAUUCUCUCUAUAUUAAGAGAUAUAUUCUUGUACUUCAACACACACAGAAAAACACACACUCCCAAAAUGGUUUUGGCUGUUUCGAAAACCGACAACGAAGAUGCAGUUGAUUUUAGAGGAAAUCCUGUUGACAAAUCGAAAACCGGAGGGUGGCUUGCAGCCGGGCUCAUCUUAGGAACCGAGCUCUCGGAAAGAAUAUGUGUGAUGGGGAUAUCGAUGAAUUUAGUGACGUAUUUGGUUGGAGAAUUGAAUCUUUCGUCAUCAAAAUCUGCAAACACGGUGACAAACUUCAUGGGAGCUCUAAACAUACUAGCGUUAUUCGGAGGAUUCUUGGCAGAUGCUAAACUUGGUCGUUAUUUAACCAUUGCUAUCUUCGCAUCUAUCUGUGCAGUGGGUGUGACACUAUUGACACUAGCGACAACACUCUCGAGCAUGAAACCGCCACAUUGUAACAACCGGAUAAAACAACAUUGCAUAGAAGCUAGCGGAAGUCAACUCGCGAUGCUUUAUUUGGCACUUUACACCAUAGCAUUAGGUGGUGGCGGUAUAAAGUCAAACGUGUCAGGUUUCGGGUCAGACCAAUUCGACAUUUCCAAUCCUAAGGAGGAAAAGGCAAUGGUGUACUUUUUCAAUCGGUUUUACUUUUGUAUUAGCCUCGGGUCUCUUUUUGCAGUGACGGUUUUAGUUUAUAUACAAGAUAAUGUGGGUAGAGGAUGGGGGUAUGGGAUUUCAGCCGGGACUAUGAUCAUUGCGGUUAUUGUGUUGAUUUGUGGGACCGCUAAGUAUCGGUUUAAAAAACCGCAAGGAAGCCCAUUAACGGUUAUAUGGAGAGUCGUGUUUCUCGCUAUAAAAAAUAGGAAUCACCCGUACCCUGCGAACCCAUGCUUUUUGAAUGAGUACGGCAACUCGAAAGUUCCACACACGACUAAAUUCAGGUCUCUUGAUAAAGCAGCCAUAUUAAUUGAUUAUGCAAAUUCGGAUCAAAAUCGAAAUAACCCAUGGUUAGUUUCAACCGUAACGCAAGUCGAAGAAGUCAAAAUGGUCAUAAGUCUAAUCCCGAUAUGGUCAACAUGUAUACUCUUCUGGACAGUCUACUCUCAGAUGAACACAUUCACGAUCGAGCAAGCUACAAUCAUGAACCGAAAAGUUGCAAACUUUAGCAUACCCGCAGGCUCAUUUUCGGUUUUCCUAUUUAUAUCAAUUCUCCUAUUUACAUCUCUUAACGAGAGCGUCAUUGUUCGUUUAGCCCGAAAGAUAACCCACGAUCCAAAAGGGCUCAGGAGUUUACAAAGAGUUGGAAUCGGGCUAGUUCUUUCGGUUAUAGGCAUGGUUGCUUCCGCUAUUGUUGAGAAAAAACGGCGAGAAACGCACCAAAACGAAAUGAAGAAACUUUCGGCUUUUUGGUUGGUCCCGCAGUUUUUCUUGGUCGGUGCGGGUGAAGCUUUCGCUUACGUGGGCCAACUUGAAUUUUUUAUCAGAGAAGCACCCGAACGGAUGAAAUCAAUGAGUACGGGGCUCUUUUUGAGUACUUUAGCGAUGGGUUAUUUUAUGAGUAGCGUGUUGGUUACGUUGACCGACAUGGCAACAAACGGAAGUUGGUUAACGAACGAUUUGAACAAGGGUAAAUUGGAAAAUUUCUAUUGGCUGCUUGCGAUUCUGGGAGCUAUAAAUUUUUUGGUUUUUUUGGUUUUGGCAUCUAGACACCGGUAUAAAGUGCAGAACUUUAACGGAGAUCGUAACGAUGAGAAUAAGGAUAUCGAAAACUGGAAAAUAUCGAAUACGGAAAUGGUUGAUGACGUUGAGGCGAAGAAGACAGCCAUUGAAGCUUAGUAGAUAUUUUUUACGUUUUGGCGUAGAUGCUUAUGUUAUUUUUGAGUUGUUUGUAUUGUGAUUUAUAAGUGUUUUUAAUGAUUAGUUUUUUAACUGUCUAGAUAU